AGGCCGAGGUGGCGGUUGGGGGCGGACGGGCCUCCCGGCCCCGGGCCCGCUCCUCUUCGGCGGGCGUUUGGUCGGUGCGGCCGUUACAAGCUGAGCGAGGGCCUUCGCGACCCGCAGGGCGCCCUCCUUGACGUUAUUGUUGCGCCGCGACCAUUUUUUUCCCCGGCGCUUUUGCGUCAGUUCGUCCUUCCAGGGCUCUCUGCGGUGACGGGUCGGUGUGGCCAGGAGGGGAGACUGAGGCCCAGGGAGGCGAAAGGGCUGGCUUUGCAGGUUGCCGAGUGUGUUUGUGCCCCCUGAGCAAGUCGGACCGUGCAGCGGCCCUCUGGCCGGGUGGGGAAACUGAGGCCCGGGGUCACACGGGUUCGGGGACCAGAACGCUGCGUCUGCGGCUCAGGGCAAGCCCAGCCAUGGAUUGCAAAGACAGACCAGCUUUUCCAGUCAAGAAGUUAAUACAAGCUCGCCUGCCCUUCAAGCGCCUGAACCUUGUCCCAAAGGAGAAAAGUGAGGACGCAUCGGAUGACACGAGGAGCCCUGAGGGUGCCCCUGCACAAGGCCGAGUCCCUCAUCUGGAGACCUCUUUGGACAACUUGGAGAACAGCUGUCAUAUGGGUUCUGACAUAGAUUUUAAUCCAAAACUUGUCAAUGGGAAGGGUCCCUUAGAUAACUUUUUAAGAAGUACAGUCAAAACCAGUAUUGACCAGACCACGGUCAUCACCGAUUUGACGGAGGACUCGAGUGACCAGCUAGAUGGCGUCGCGGCCCUUAGUAAACUAAAGUCUGCUGCCUCUCCCUCCGAGGAGGCCGUGAGUGGGGCCGGAGAAGAAGCUGGAGGUGAGAGGGGGCUGCCGGAGGCCAGUCUGAAGGACGAGCCGACGUGUCCCGAAGAGACCCUUUCAGACAUUCCAUGCAAAGCAGAGGAGGAGGGUGCUGGCUCCAGAGGGGCAGAGAGGAGUGGAGAGGGGCAGGAAGGCUCGCUUCAGAGCUGCCCCGAGCUGACAGGUGGUCUGAGAACAUGCUCCGAGAAGGACCAGGACGGUUGGAGUGAAGCCAGGGGCAUCCUGUUCAAAGGGAAGGUGCCCGUGGUGCUCUUGGAGGACAUACUGGCUGCAAAACCUCCCCGAACCAAGUCUCCUCCCACGCCACCUGCAGACCAGGGCUUGCCCUCUGACAGCGAGAUGCUGGAGUCCGGCCCCGAGGAAGACUCUGUUCUUAGCCACUCGUCCGGGGGGUCUUCCUCUCCUACCAGCUCACCCGAGGGGCAGUCUGCUCCCAAAAGGCAUCCCAGCAGUCCCGGACCCUUCCCCACCUCCACACCCAUCCGCAGAAUAACUAAGAAACUGGUCAAAGCUUCUGCAGAGAAGGACAAGCUCAGACUGCAAAGAGACCGGGCGCGGCUGGGCAAGCAGCUCAAGCUCCGGGCAGAGAAAGAAGAAAAGGAGAAGCUGAAGGAGGAGGCCAAGCGGGCCAAGGAAGAAGCCAAGAAGAAGAAGGAGGAAGAGAAGGAGCUGAAGGAGAAGGAGAGGCGCGAGAAACGGGAGAAGGACGAGAAGGAGAAGGCGGAGAAGCAGAGGCUCAAGGAGGAGCGGCGCAAGGAGCGACAGGAGGCGCUGGAGGCGAAGCUGGAGGAGAAGAGGAAAAAGGAAGAGGAGAAACGGCUGCGGGAAGAGGAGAAGCGCAUUAAGGCAGAGAAGGCUGAAAUCACGAGGUUCUUCCAGAAACCAAAGACCCCACAGGCCCCCAAGACCCUGGCCGGCUCUUGCGGGAAGUUUGCCCCCUUUGAAAUUAAAGAGCACAUGGUCCUUGCCCCUCGGUUUCGGACCGCCUUCGACCAGGACCUCUGUGAUCAGUUGGACCAGCUCCUCCGGCAGCAGAACGGCGAAUUCUCCUUCCUGAAGGAUCUGAAAGGCCGGCGGCCCCUCAGGUCCGGACCCACCGUGGUUUCCAACCGAAACACAGACACCUGUAACAGCGAUGUGGUCAUCGUGGAGAGCGGCAAGGUCGACGGCGUUCCCGAAAGGAAGAAGUUUGGCAGGAUGAAGCUCCUGCAGUUUUCCGAGAAUCACCGACCGGCGUACUGGGGCACGUGGAAUAAGAAGACGACCGUCAUCCACCCGCGGGACCCCUGGGCGCAAGACAGGAAGCUCCUGGACUACGAGGUGGACAGCGACGAGGAAUGGGAGGAGGAAGAGCCGGGAGAGUCCCUGUCCCACAGUGAGGGGGAUGAUGACGACGAAGUGGGAGACGAUGAAGAUGAGGACGAUGGCUUCUUCGUGCCCCACGGGUACCUGUCUGAGGACGAGGGGGUCACCGAGGAGUGUGCCGAUCCAGAGAACCACAAGGUUCGCCAGAAACUGAAGGCCAAAGAGUGGGACGAGUUUCUGGCCAAGGGGAAGAGGUUCCGCGUGCUCCAGCCUGUGAAGAUCGGCUGCGUCUGGGCGGCCGACAAGGACGGAGGCGCCGACCUGAAGGUGCUCCAGCAGUUCACGGCGUGCCUCCUGGAGACGGUCCCCUCGGAGGAGGAGCAGACGCCCAAGGCCUCCAAACGAGAGAAGAGGGACCAGCAGAUCUUGGCCCAGCUGCUCCCGCUGCUGCACGGGAACGUGAACGGAAGCAAGGUGAUCAUCCGGGAGUUCCAGGAGUGCUGCCGCCGAGGGCUGCUCGGCAAGGACACGGGCAGUCCCGACAGCAGCUCCGCCAGCCCGCCGAGCCCCGGCUCUUCCCGCCCACAGACCCCCACCAGCAGCGAGGACGCCGCCGUCCCCUCCAAGGCCAGGCUCAAGCGGAUCAUUUCUGAGAACUCGGUGUACGAGAAGAGGCCUGACUUCAGGAUGUGCUGGUACGUCCACCCGCAGGUGCUGAAGAGCUUUGACCAGGAGCACCUGCCUGUGCCGUGCCAGUGGAGUUACGUCACCGUGGUGCCCUCGGCCACCAGGGAGGACAGUGGCAGCAUCCCGGCCGCGGGGCCCGGCCAGGGGACGCCCAUGUCGCUGAAGAGGAAGUCCGCGGGCAGCAUGUGCAUCACCCAGUUCAUGAAGAAGCGCAGGCACGACGGGCAGGUUGGAGCUGGGGACCUGGAUGGGUUCCAGGCAGACACGGAGGAGGAGGAAGAGGAGGACGGCGACUGUGUGAUCCUGGACAUCUCGGAUGUUGGGGAGGCCCAGGCCCCGUGUGGAACCGCUUCCGGAGCUGGGGGGUCCGUGGGGAUGGACAGCAGCGAGAGUCCCCCGCCCGCCAGCUCGCUCGGCCCCUGCUGAGCGCCCCACCGGCCCGGUGCGUGCGCGUAGGAUGGUUUAGGGAUUCACAAACGCCUCUCGGAUACUUGAAAGUCCUGCGAGUCUGUGUGAAGAGCACUUUGUCCUGCUUCGCAGACCUCCCCUGAGGUCUGGAAAGUUUUAUAUAGGAUGCUUGAUUGGUUCCUUUUGAUACUUGUAAAAAUGUUCCCCCCAAAAGCUGCAUAUUAAUCUGCCCUUUAAUAAAGCAUUAUCGCGAUGUGAGGACCUGUACAGGGAAAGCCUGGUCGCGCCCUGCGGGCCCCGGAGCAGGCACUGUGAUGAAAUGCUUGUAAAUGAGUUGGAGCCCGCUGCGGCUCCCAGACCCCACGUGGGUGUGUAUAAACUUAUUGUCCAGCCCUGA